GCAGCCUCUCUGCAGGUGGAGAUCACUCCAAACAUGGGGGAGAUCAGCGUGGGAGAGUCCAAAUUCUUCUUUUGUGAAGUGGUGGGCGAUGCUAAGGAGAUCUCGUGGUUUGACCCGAGCGGCGACAAGAUCCUGCCCGGGCGCCCGGACAUCAGCGUGAGCAUGGGGGACGAGUCCUCGUCCACUCUCACCAUCUACAAGGCCAACGUGGACAACGCCGGCAUCUACAAGUGCGUGGUCAAGAACGGAGACCAGGAGUCAGAGGCCAGCGUUGUGGUCAAGAUCUUCCAAAGAAUCACGUUUGAGAAUACUCCAUCACCUCAGGAGUUUAACGAGGGGGAUGACGCUGACAUUGUGUGUGACGUGGUCAGCUCACCUCCCCCCACCAUUAUCUGGAAGUACCAGAACCAGAGGAUUCAGCUAGACAAAGAUGUGCGCUUCAGGGUCAUGCCUAACAACCACCUGCUGAUCCGGGGCAUCAAGAAGACAGACGAGGGCUCGUACACCUGCGAGGCUCGCAUCAUGGCCCGCGGAGAGGUCGACCUCAAGGUCAUCAAGGUCGUCAUCAACGUGGAGCCCACUAUCCGUACUCGUCAGAAGGAGCUGAAUGCUACAGCAGAUAUUGCUCAGUCUACCACUCUGGCCUGUGACGCCGACGGCUUCCCUGAGCCCACCGUCACCUGGGCACGUGAUGGGGUUCUGCUGGAGGAGAAUGACAAGUACUCGUUUAAGGAUGACGGCUCAGAGCUGGUGAUCCACGACGUGAAGAAGGUGGACGAGGGAGACUACACCUGCAUCGCCGCCAAUAAGGCCGGACGCAAGGAGGAGGAGGUCAGCCUCAACGUCUUCGUCCAACCCAAGAUCACGUUCCUUCAGAACCAGACGGCGUCGGAGCUGGACGAGCAGAUCACGCUGACCUGUGAGGCCACAGGUGACCCCACCCCCACCAUCGUCUGGAGCUUCGGACGCCGCGUCUUCAACGAGGAUGAGCAGAGUCUGGAUGGGAACGUUGUAGUACGUAGUGAUGCUCGAGUCUCGUCUCUCACUCUCAAGUUCGUCCAGUUCACUGACGCCGGACAGUACCUCUGCACCGCCCGCAACGACAUCGGCAUCGACCACCAAAACAUGUACCUGGAGGUCCGAUACGCCCCUAAGAUCCAGGGUUCGGUGACGGUGUACACGUGGGAGGGGAACGCGGCCAACAUCAGCUGUGAGGUGCUGGCCCACCCCAUCGCCUCCGUCACCUGGUACCGUGACAACCAGCAGCUGCCCAGCGCCAACACCUCCAACGUCAAGAUCUACAACACACCUGCCGUCAGCUACCUGGAGGUUACGCCAGAUUCCCAGAAUGACUUUGGAAGCUACAACUGCACUGCCUCCAAUGGCAUGGGCAUCGAGUCCAAAGAGUUCCUGCUCAUCCAAGCCGAGGUGCCCUCGGUGCCGUCCAUCGAGCGCGUGGAGCCCUACUCCAGCACGGCGCAGGUGGAGUUCGACGAGCCCAUGUCUGACGGGGGCGUACCUGUGCUCAGGUACAAGGCCGAGUGGAGGGCCGGAGGAGCCGAGUGGACCGACAAGGAGUACAGCGCCGAGAACGGCCUGAAUGUGAUCACCAUUGAGGACCUGAAGCCAGACACUGUGUAUGAGCUGCGACUGUCGGCCAUCAACGGGAAGGGCCAGGGAGAGAGCAGCUCUGUGGAGACCUUUAAGACGCAGCCCAUCCGGGAGCCCAACCGCCCCAAGCUGGAGGGUUCGCUGCACACCAAAGGCAACAAUCUCAAGGUCUCCUGGAUGAAGCAGGACGACGGAGGAUCUCCCAUCCUGCACUACCUCGUGCGCUACAGAAUUAAGCACAGCAACGACUGGCGCCCGGAGAUCAAGCUGCCGGCCAACAGUGAGUACGUGGUGCUGAACGGCCUGGACUGGAACAAGGACUACGAGGUGCACGUGGUGGCCGAGAACGAGCGGGGCAAGUCCGUGCCCAGCGUGCUGUCCUUAAGGACCUCCCCGGAGCCCACCGCCAUCCCAGGCAUGCUGGCGGAGGGCACAGGCCUGGGCACGGGCGCCAUCGUGGGCAUCCUGGUGGUGGUGUUCCUGCUGCUGCUGGCCGGGGUGGACGUCACCUGCUACUUCCUCAACAAGUGCGGCCUGCUCAUGUGCAUCGCCGUCAACUUCUGCGGCAAGGCCGGCCCCGGGGCCAAGGCCAAGGAGGCCGAGGAGGGCAAGGCCGCCUUCACUAAGGAUGAGUCGAAGGAGCCCAUUGUAGAGGUGCGGACAGAGGACGAGCGUACCCCAAACCAUGAAGGAGGGGGACCCCUGGAGCCCAACGAAACCACCCCACUCACCGACCCUGAGCAUGCGGCUGACUCCACGGCCACAGUAGUUGACCUCCUCCCCCCCUGCGCCUCCUCCUCCUCCAUCACGGCGGCCUCCCCCGCUAGCGACUGCACCCCCCUCAUCUCCUCCUCGGCCAGCGACGCCCCAAAACCCUCCCCCAAAUCCGCCCCCAAAACCGACCAAUCCGCCGUCGCCCCUUUGGUUGACCUGAGCGAAUCGCCCGCUCCUGCCGCCCCUAGCGCCACAGGCGCUCCUAAAGCCCCAUUGGCCGCCUCUUCUCCCAGCCCCUCCCCCAGCCAGGCCACAGCCAAUGAGGCUCCGGGCGGAGGAGCGGGCAUGGCAGAGCCCGCACAGAGCGUGCCCAGCGGUACGGACCCUCAGGUAGACGUGGCACCAGCGCCAAUCGCCACAGAGGCACGGGGCAGCCCGACCAGCACAGCACCGCCCUCUGGUGGACUCAAUGAUGGGAAGAUCGUGACGGACGACAAGAGUAAAGCGGAGGAGAAGCCGGCUGACCCCAAGGCCACAUCUCCGUCGGAGGUCAAGGCCAUCCCCAACGAGGCGCCCCAGUCCAACGGCAACGAGAGCAAAGCAUGAUGGGACCUCCGUGUCAAGCCACAUCGUGCUGUCUAACCACCUCCACCCACCCCCCACCCCACACACACACACACACACACACACACACACACCCUUCCCCAGCCGUCACCGGAAAACACAAGCACGCGCUCCCCCGCGCCAGAGAAAGGCUUUCUGUCGUCAGUGUCUUCGGUGACUCCUCAGAGCCCACCAUUUUUGUAGUUUUUUUUAGAUUUGUAGGACGCAUCCAAACCUGUACACACACAUGCCUUCAGAUUUGUUUUGGUUUGGCUGUUUUUUGGCUCCCCUUCAUGUCACGUUGUUGUUCCAUGUGUUUGUCAACUAUCACCGAGAACGAGCCUUCUUUGAUACCUCUAGGGUUUUCCUGUGGCUUCCCCCGCCCACACACACACACAC